AUGAGCCAUAAUAUUAUUGUCAUGCAGUAUUGCCGAGCUGCUGUAGCCGGUAUACUUCGAUGGAUGACCAGCUGCGCCAUUCUGGGCAUGACUGCUUCUUGCCUUGCCCAUGAGGCGACGCCAAAAGAAGCCCGCGCGGCCAUAAUACUCAAUCUUGUAUGUGCAUGCCUUCACAUACCGCUCCUAGGGCCAUUUCCUUUACCCGUGUCGGAAACGAAGCUACGCCCUCGGCCAUGGUAUGCUGCGGUUCUGGCAGUGUCGACUCUCAUGUGGCCUGCGGCGGCAGGGAUCUUAUUCGCAAACUUGUUCUCGCUAGGCCGUGAGAAAUCCCCAAUCGAUACGCGAUUGAGGGUGUGCGCUGCUCUGGACAUUGCCAAUAUAGCGCUCUGCGCCCUUCAGUGGACUAUGAUCUUCAAGGUGAAGAAGACAGAGAGAUUUGGCGAGAGAUAUAGGGCGAUUGGGUACCAACAAGUCCAGGAACUGUUCGAGUUUCGGGUAAUACAUCGAAAUCUACUUGGAUACUUCAUUGUCGUUCAGCAGGUGGAUUGA